GAUCCACAUCAGACCGGACCAUCAUCAUCAUCAUCAUCAUCAUCAGUCUGGAUCAGCUGGAGUUUUGCUGUGAAAUCCUCUGAUCUCAUUUUGGUCUCACAUUGAUCUCAGCAUCAUCGGUAACGUGUCUGGAGAUCAUCAGCAGCCGGGUGAGUGGAGGAAGAGAGAGAGGGAGAGACACAGAUAGACGUCUAUCUUUCUCUCUCUCUCUCUCUCUCUCUCUCUCUUUCUCUCUUUUCCUUCUCUCUUCACCAGCAGACGGAUGAGAGCUUAACGCUGAACCUGACGACUCUAACACAAAAUACUUCAAAUGAUGACAUCAUCCUCUUCCCCGCUGGCCUCCCCAUCCCCAUGCCCACCUCCUCCUCCAUCCAUCCCGUCCUCUCCCAUGCAGUCAUCACUCACCCCGUCCAGCCUCCCCCUGCCUCCCGCCCUGCCGCCCACCGGAGAGGUGAUGGUUCUGGCUUUGGGUCGUAAGAAACAACGGCUCCUCGUCGCCCUCUCUAUACUGCCCAUCCUCUUCCUGUCCUUUCUGCUGUCCUCUGACCCGCUCCUGACCCUAAUGUCCCCCUUCCGCUGCCAUCUGCCAGGACCCUCGCCGGCUCCUCAGGCGCUCAAUGCUUCGUUACGGGCUGAGAAAGGAGAUGAGGGUCUUGACCAAUGCAAACAGUACGUGUUUGUCAACGGCACGCCGUCUGGUCUUACAGACUGUAAGGCCGGGUUCGACUACAAUGUCACGGAGGGACUCCGGAAUAAUAUUGUCACAGAGUGGGAUCUGGUGUGCACACGCUAUUGGGUGGUUCCAGUAGAGGCGGUUUGCUUCAUACUGGGUGUCCUGACUGGCAGUCUGGGAUUGGGGUACAUGUCUGACCGAUUAGGCAGGCGUAAGUCUCUUCUGGUCUCUCUGACACUCGCGGUGGUUUUUGGUGUGCUGGCGUGUGUCUCACCCUCACCGCCUGUCUUCAUCACCAUGCGUUUCUGUCUCGCUGCGGCGAGCGCUGGUGUCUACCUCACACUAUAUGUCACACGUUUGGAGCUUUGUGACCCUUCACUGCGACUGUUGGCAACGAUGAUGUCUGGACUGAUGAUGUUUGCGGGAGAACUCUUGCUGUUGGGUGUCGCUCUCGGGUGUCAGUCCUGGAGGGGGCUGUUAGGAACCGGAGCUGUUCCUCUGUCAUUGUUCCUGUGCUAUGGGAUCCCGGGAGUUUUUCCAGAAUCACCACGCUGGCUGCUGCUCUCUGAGCGGACCGGAGACAUGAAUUCCUUCAGUGAACGCAGCGAGCGACAGAGAGAUGACGUCAGCUUUUCGGAGCUGGACACAGAUUCAUCCUCGUCUCCUGGACGUCCCCUCCUGUCCUUCCCAGAGCUGCUACACAGCAGAAACAUCUGGAAAAAUCUCUGUGUGCUGGGAUUCACAUCGUUCAUCGCUCAUGGCAUCAGUCACUGCUACAGUUCAUUCAGAGGUGACGUCAGAGGCAUCGUCCCUAGUUUCUAUUGGACGUACCUGCUGUCUGUAUGUGCAGGGGGCGGGGCCUGGCUGUUGCUCUGGGCAACGGUGGACAGGUGUGGUCGUCGUGGAAUUCUUCUUCUGGCCAUGACUUUGACUGGAUUGGCCUCAUUAAUCCUGCUCGGUCUCAUGGACUAUUUGAGUGAGUCUGCCAUGACUGUGUUCUCUGUAAUGGGCCUGUUCUCGUCUCAAGCGGCUGCAUCUCUCUCCAUCCUCUUCACCGCUGAAAUCAUGCCCACCGUCAUCAGAGGAAGUGGCGUUGGAGCUGUAAUGGCGCUGGGUUGCAUGGGCCGCCUCAGUUCUCCCCUCAUGGAUCUGCGCAAUCACCGUGGCUACUUCCUGCAGCAUGUGGUCCUCUCCUCUUUGGCUCUGCUCGCGGUCUUAUCCAUCCUGCUUCUCCCUGAGAGCAAACGCAAACCGCUUCCACAGACACUGGCGGACGGAGAGCAGUACCGGCGCCCUCCACUGGUCAGGAGGAGGCGAGACAACGUUCCUCUACUUGCUACACCCAACCCAGAGACCUAGCCCUCAGCCUUCAACCACAAACCUUGGAGUUGCGUUCAUUUACCUUUAACUUCUUAGUCAGUCUUAGAACGGGUCAGUGGAGGCGUCACACAUGGACUCCGUCUUGAAGCGUGAGAGGUGAAACGUCCCACGUAGAGUACGCAAACGCUCCACCUAGUCACAGCGCACAGUGGUAUAAACCAUAAGUUAAUAGUUUACGCCCCAGUUGAACAUCGAAAUCUGACCCAUGUACUGUAGCAUCCAGUGACUUUCUUAGUAAUAUCAGACUAUAUCAGACUUCACAGAGACAAGGGCUCAAAACACAAUGGUCAUUUUCAUAAACAAAAAACAGGUUUAAGUUCUCACUCGAGAUGGAAGAGGAAAGGAAUAUUUUCUUUUUAUUUGUUGUUAUUUAACAUAUUGCUGCUCAGAAUGGCAGGAUUGUUAGGAAUGGACUGAUCGGCACUCCUGCCGAGUGACUGUGAGGUUCCUCCAUGUGAAGAAUUAUUAAUCAGCACUCUGAUUAAUCAAUGCUGGACUGAGGCAUGAGAUGAGGAGUGUUUGACUUAUAUUUAACGUAUUCCAAAUGACCCUCUUGGUUUCAGACAGUUAUAUUCCAGUGUACAUAUAACUUGAGCUCUAUCAACAUCGGCUUGUGACCACAAGUCAUUUCGACUAAAUCAUUUUGAUUAAAAAAUUACAUUGUUAGAUGUUCAUCUACCUAGAACAGUAGUCCCAUCUCAAAGGAUGAUUUUGAACUUUUGAAGUGAAUAAUUAAUGUAUGCGCUUUAACAAAAUACAAGCUGCACAUUUCUGCUUUUAAACCCUUCAGGCAUUCACCCCAUAGACUUCCAUUGUAACUGCAUUUUUAUACAUGUUUUUUUUUUUUUCUAUUUUUGCAGCAUGCCACACAUGCUGUUGAUAGAGCUCAGGUUGUAUUUAAAUCUGUAAUAUUCCUUUAACCAGGCUGGUUUAUGCUCAUAUUUCUCCAUUUCUUAUCCGUAAAUAUCAAGGCUUUUUGAAAUCCAUGAGUACAAAAUAAGGCAGAUGGAACUCUUGUUCAUUACAAUGUUGAAACAGGAUUUAUUUGUCUAAUAUCUAACUCACAACUUUGCCUUUCCUUCCUCUGCCUAUUGCAUUUUCUAAUUAUGAGAAAACGAAUACGGGAAACACGAGUUAUGUAGCUUUCUCUCGUUAACACCUCUUUGUGUUAGGUUCUUAAAAAUGCACUUAAUAGUUGUAAAUUAGGAAAAAUUUAAUAGUUAUUAUUACUACAGUAUUAAAUUAUAAUAGUAAUAAGGUGACGAUUGCUCAAGAAUUACCAAGUAAUAACUAACGAUGCUGUAAUUAUACUAAUAAAUCUUUAACCAACAUUAAAAAUAAAAUGUGGUCAAAUGAUUACA